AUGCCUUUCGAUACAGCACUUACGAGGAAACUCGGUAUCAAGGUACCGGUAGUUCAGGGUGGCAUGCAAUGGGUCGGCUACGCUGAGAUGGCCUCCGCCGUCUCGAACGCGGGCGGCCUUGGAAUCAUCACUGCCCUCACCCAACCCUCGCCCGACGAUCUUCGCAAAGAGAUCCGCAAGUGCAAAUCGAUGACCAAGAAUCCUUUCGGUGUCAACUUGACUCUCCUCCCAUCCAUGAACCCACCAGAUUAUCCCGGAUACGCCCAGGCCAUCCUCGACGAGGGCAUUCGAAUCGCAGAUCCGCCAUGUGUCAUUCUGCACAAAUGUACAAGCAUAAGACAUGCCCUAAGUGCGGUCAAGCUGGGUGUGGACUUCCUCUCAAUCGACGGCUUCGAGUGCGCCGGACACAUAGGAGAGACAGAUAUCACAAACUUGAUCCUCCUAAGCAGAUCGAGGCAAGUCAUGCCAAUUCCAUUCAUCGCAUCUGGAGGCUUCUGCGAUGGACAAGGUCUUGCGGCAGCACUUAAUCUGGGAGCGGCGGGUAUCAAUAUGGGCACGCGAUUCAUGUGCACAGUGGAAGCUCCAAUCCACCACAACAUUAAAGAGGCAAUCGUAAAGGCGACAGAGACAGACACACAGCUUGUCCUUAGAAAGUGGAGAAACACCUCGAGAUUGUUCAAGAACAAGGUCGCAAGUGAAGCAUAUGCUAUUGAGAACAGGCCUGAGACCAAGGAGUUCCAAGCAGUCGGACCUUAUGUCAGUGGACAACGAGGACGGCAGGUCUUCCUGAACGGCGACCCCGACUAUGGAGUCUGGACUGCCGGUCAAGUCAUUGGCCUUAUUCACGACAUUCCCACGUGUCAAGAACUUGUGUCUCGCAUUGAAAGGGAGGCCAUCGAGAGCUUGCAGAAAGCAUCAAGCUUAAUAGUCGACAAGCAGCCCGAACCUGAGAUUAGAGGCAAGCCAGCGAGCGAGAUUCAGGCUAAGCUUUAG